CGUUCCCUUGGCAGCGCCCCGGGGCGGGGCGUUGUAGCCACGCCCCCUCCCGCCGCGGCCGCGUCCCCCGCCGGCGCUCGUAGCCGGCAUGGCGGCGGCGCGCGAGGAGGAAGCGGGCGAACUCGGCCCCCGGGACUUUGUCUAUGGGGAAAAGGACUUCGUCCCGCAGGCUGCUGGCUGGGACACCGAGCCGGGCUCCGCGCCGUCCCGCUUCGACCGGGCGCUGCUGGAGGGUUGGAACGACAGGAUGGAGCGCGGUUUGUUCCGGUACCGGCUGGGGCCGCUGCCCACCCGCGUCUUGCCCGGCCCCAUGCGCCUGGUGGCCCAGCUCAACGUCCAGCGCGGCACCGAGCGUCGCCCGCCGCAGGCCGUCCGCAGCCUCCGGCAGCCCUUCGACCCCCAGGCCUUCAACUUCACCCGGAUCCGCCCUGGCGAGGUGCUGCUCCGGCUGCGCAGGGCGGGGGGCGGCCCCGCGGCCCCCGACCAGCUCCUGGUGGCCAUUAACGUUAGCCCGCUGGAGCGGGGCCACGUCCUGCUGCUGCCCGAGCCGGCGCGGGGGCUGCCGCAGGCCCUGACGGCGCCGCUGCUGCGCGGCGGGCUGGAGGCGGCCCUGCUCAGCGCCCACCCGGGGUUCCGCGUCGGCUUCAACGGCCUGGGGGGCUGCGCCUCCGUCAACCACCUGCACCUGCACGCCUUCUACCUGGGCUGCCCGCUGCUGGUGGAGUCGGCGCCCGCCCGGCCCCUCGGCCCGCCCGGCGGCCUCAGCCUCCUGCCGGGCGUCCCGGCGCCCGCCUUCCUCUUCUAUGCCGCCGGCCCCGCCGGCCUGGAGGCGCUGGCCCGGGACGUCUGCCGGGCGGCGGAGCACCUGACGGACACCGGCCUGGCCUACAACGUCUUGGCCACGCGAGGAGAUCCCCCGGCGGGGCCGGGGGCGGGCGGCGAGCGGGGGCUGCGGGUGCUGCUGUGGGCGCGCAAGCCCAGCUUCGGCGCCAAGGCGGGGGCGGCCUUCAACGUGGCGCUGUGCGAGCUGGCAGGCUACCUGCCGCUGCCGGCCGCGCCGCUCUACCAGGACAUCACCGAGGCGCAGGCCCUGUGCGCCAUCCGCCAGCACCUCCUCCCGGAGCCGCAGCUGCUGCGCCUCGGCCAGGACCUGGCGCGGCUGCUGGCGAGCUGAGCGCCACCGGGGCCUGGCGCGGCGGACCUCCGCGCUGUUCGCUUGGGGGCGCUGCGCAGCGACGGGGCCGCUCUAGCCAGCGGAGCCGGGGUCUCUAUGGCCCGCGGGGCGGUAGCGAGGCUGCCCUCGUGUGUGCCCCGCUCGUCGCCAUGGGAACGGGGCCGUCCGCCCCAGAGCGAUGGAGGCUGGCGGCGGGGG